AAAACAGGACAGAGUGAAGGGGGAGGGGGAAGGAAAGGUGAAGGGGACGGCGGACGGGGUAGGUUUGCCGGAGUCGCGGACGCUCCCUCCCUGUCCGGGACAGGUUGGGCUCCUCCCCGGCGCCGGCCCGCGGGACGGGACUGGAUCCUCCCCCCCGGGCACCUGCCCGCCUACAGUCCUGGAGCCGAGCCGAUCGGAGCCGCUUUAGUUCGAGCACCGCGGAGAGUGUGAGACAGUCCUGUUAGUCAACGCUGUGAAUAUUUUAGGUUCUGCCUGAGGAGAACGUUGUCCCAACCGUCCUGGGGCAGUCAUAGGAGCAAUGACUGAUGACAGUGACUAGCCUGUGCAGCAGGAAGGUCGAAUCCCCUCCCCGUCACCGGAGGCAUGGAGGUCGAAGGUCAAAUGGUGACCAUGGCAACUGGUGACUUCGGCUCUCCUGGACUGCAGCGGUACACCAAGGCGGGGCACGCGAAGGGGGAGCGGAGGAUCGAGCUGGCGCUGCGGCGGCAGAAUAUGGAGGACAGCCUGCGGAGGAAGAUCGGGGAGCUGAGGGCUCUGUGUCUGCAGGAGGCUGAGCUGACCGGCCGAUUGCCCAUGGAGUACCCGCUGGAACCUGGGGAGAAACCGCCAUUGGUGAUUCGUCGUUCGGGAGGGGUGUACCGAGCUUCGGAACCGAGCGCUCAGUGGGGAGGGCCUCGCCUGAGGGAGCUGGAGCGGCGGUUCGAGAAGCAGCAGCGGGCUGCUGUGUCAGCGCAGGGGCUGGGCGUGAGCGCGGACGCGAUGCGAGGCCGAUGGGUGCGGAGGUACGGACGCAGCCUGCAACUCCGGCUUGGCGAUCCAGCCGUGGAGUUUGGCCCCUCGUCUGCGUCUGGAGACAUGCGGGGAGACGGGCAGACCAUCGGCCGAGGAGACGGCUGGACCUUGCUGCCGACCGAUAUCUACCACCAGGCGCGAGGCAGACGGAAUUCCUACGCCAGUCCUGUACGGAUGCUCCAGAGAAGUGUGUCGGGGGCUGGCAGACGCAGUGAGCCCUGCUCUCCCAUCGUGUACCGGGACAGGGCAGGCAGGCACAGGCCCUCUCUUCCCAGCCCGUGUGCUGACGGCUGGGACACCCCGCUGGAAUCCCGGAGUGAGACGGGGGCAGAGCGAACGUUGGCGGCCGGCGGGACCCGGCGGAGCAGCAGCUCGGAGGUGCUGGGCGGGGCCUCGCGGGGCGGGGCCGGGAGCUCAGCGCUCCGAUUGGCCGCGGGCCGCUGGCCGGAGCGGCCGCCUCCCCCGGGUCCCAGUGCCCGCCUGUCAGAGCGGGACCGGGACCGCGAGCUGCACCGGGCGCUGGCGCUCGAGGGACUGCGAGACUGGUACGUGCGGGCGGCGGGACAGCACCGGCGUCACCACACUACAGGGGCAGACUGGCCCUCGAUCUCCCACCGUGGACCCACCUUCGACUGGCGGACGCCGGAGGUUCUGACCCAAAGGCCCAGGGUUGCCGACCACAGUCGCUGGUGCUGAUUGGACGAUCGGGGGGGCGGGGGGGCCAUGUUUUGGGAUG